UCAAACUCCAAUUCUCGGAAGUCCAAUUUUCCUAUAAGUAGUCAGCAGCAAAGUUUGCCAUAUCUACUUGAUGGCUGCGUUUCAACAUAUGGCUCGAUUUUCGAAAUUCACUUCUCCAAUCACCGCCUACGGUUUCUUCUCCAGACGGAUGUCCCGAUUCGUCAAGCCCGAUGGAGAUGGUGGAGUUCUCGUUGACAGAAGGGCGUUGAUUUUGCAGUUAGAAGCCGAAGGUAUCCCAAGAACGCUUUCCAAAAAGUAUGCAGACAUAGUAGCUUCUACUUUGGAAGAAAGUCAUCGGAAUGGUUUAAAUAUUGUUAAGCAGGAAGAUUUGCUGUGCCAAGUCAAAAACCAUCGCAACAAUAUUAUAAAUGAGUGUCAUAAUCUCAGGAAUGGUCUUAAGAUAACGAGCGUGGAAAUGAGAAAUGCGGCUGCUGCCGAGCCUACUAGUGAUGAAACAGAUUUGGAGAUGAAAAAACCGAGGCCCAGUUUCGAAGAGGCAGCACCGCGCGCAUUUAGGCGGACUCUGGGGUUCGUAUCCUUAUAUGUUGUUAGUUUUGCUGGUCUCAUCGGUGUUGUCCGUACACGUAAGAAUCAUGGUGUUUAGAUUCACGCCCGUCCGUCUUAGAUAACGUGUAUUUCAGUUUUUAUCUUAGAUUAUAUGUAUGUAUCUCUAUCUCUAAUUUUCAAUUUUAAUAUUGUAGUGUGCUUAUUUAAAUAAAUCUGUAAAUAUAUUCCUCUGGUUUGCAAAAAUAUUUUUUUCGUCUUUAA